UUUAUGUAUUAAAGAACAAGUGGGUUGAAAAAUGACUACAAUUGAAGUUCUACAUUUUAUUAAAUGCAACAAAGAUGUCACGGUCAAAGUCAGUUUUAUAUAUUUAAACAUUACGAAGGUAAUUAUCUUUUACACAUUGUGAAGUUGCAACAAAACUAUCUACAAUGAUUAAAGAUUUUUUUGUAGUUUCAUUGUUACAAUCAGUACAGGGUUUUUCAUAACAUGUGGACCCACUUCAAGAGGGGACUCAAACAAUGGAAAACAUAUGUCCGAUUUGACCUUGUUUCAGAGUUAUCACCACUUUUGUGCUUCAAUAAUCUCUGACAACUUAUCUUCAGAAGGUGUUUGAAAUAUCUUCGGUUAAAAAAACUGAAUGCAUUAUUAUUUUAAUCUUCCACGUCCGAUAAUAAAUCUUUGCACUCAAGAAUCAAAAUUGAAGAACCUCCAAGAAAUUUCGCAAUAACUUUAUUACUCGACAUAUUUACUACAUCGAUCCCAAAGAAAUAUUCAAAUUAUGUCUUGAACAUAUUUACAAUGUAGAUAGUAAAACAAAACAAAUUCAAAUAGUAAAGGUUAGACAAUUCAGAAAAUUGAUAAGUAUACUACAACGAUAAUUUAGGGUUUACACCUGCAAAUAUGCCCGAAAAUAAGAGAAAAGUCCCAGGAUGUUACUGUAUUCAUAAAAAAUUGCACAAACCACCAAAAAAGAAGGAGCAGUGCAAAAAGAAGAGGCAGACGUUCGUGUAUAAUCCGGAAGAGGAUAUGUGGCACGAGCCAUACAUGAGAGAUUUGAGAAAGGAAUUUUCGGAUGUGUCAAUAUUAUGUGAUUCAAAGAUCGAAUUGCCGUGGAAGGACAUCGCGUUGCCAGUAGCUGGCAUGAAAAUUCGUCAGGAUGCUUCACUGACACCGUUAAGCGAUCCUACGGAGCAAGGCGAGGAUGGCGACGAAGAACUGGCGCAAAAAGAAUCUGAAGGCACCAUGCCUCUACCGUGGAAGGAUUUGAUCAUCACGGAAACAGUACCAUCGUCGAAGGCUGAUCCUGCAAGCUGUGAUUCCACGUUGGAAAUUCCGUGGAAUGAUCUCGUGCUCGAACCACCGGUAGAGAUACGACCUGUACAAGAGGAAGCUUGCGUUACCGAUGACGUCGAAAUUCCAUGGGAUGACAUUUUACUACCUCGAAAUAUAGUAAUCGAGUCGCAACCAAAGAAACAUCCAUCUUCGAAAUAUCCACCCCGGUCGAGCAAAAAAGGUGCUAAAUGUUGUUGCGCUAGUGUUGGAUGUAAGAUGAGAAUGACAGCUUCAUGUAAAUAACAUUGUAAAUAACGGGAGAACGUAAUACAACAAUGAAAUUGAUAUUAUAAUAAACGAGUUUCCUGCAGGAUAUAUUCUUUGGUUUGAGCUUCAAAAUGGGAGAUUUAGUUUAUGUACAAAGGACAAUUUCUUAAUAAAUAUGUUUCACUUUAAUUUUUAGAAAUUAUAGGAAGUUUUCUUGAGACAACAUCAGAUUCAACAUCUGUAAAAGCAUUUUGACAUUUAAAAUAGAGUUGGCUGUAUUUGAAAGAACAUUUACUUUUACCAUAGUAGCAAUAAAUAAUUUGCCCAUGAAUUAAAUUUGUUUAUUCUUCCUCAGAGAAUUACGUCAAUACUAUCUUCCAUACUUGAGACCAUGUCUUAAAUAAAAA